AUGAGGAGAGCGAUUGCGAUAGCAUCGCCGGCAACGAGAUUUGUUCACCGUCGAGGUAAUCCUGUAAUUGCUCGGCCGUUGUUGGUUUUCUGUUUCCGGGGACGAGCUUUCUCUGGUCUAAGGGAUGAUUGCAGAGAGAUAUUGAGAAAUGGGCUUCGUGAUAUUAAGUUAGAUGAUGCUGUUGAUCUGUUCGGUGAGAUGGUAAAGUCUCGUCCUUUUCCUUCCAUUAUUGAGUUCAGUAAAUUAAUGAGUGCCGUUGCGAAGAUGAAGAAGUAUGAUGUUGUCAUCUCUCUCGGCGAGAAGAUGCAAAUGUUAGGGAUUGCACAUAAUGACUAUACAUACAAUAUUUUGAUAAACUGUUUCUGCCGCUCCUCUCAGCUCCCUUAUGCUUUGUCUAUUCUUGGGAAGAUGAUGAAACUCGGAUUUAAUCCCAGCGUUGUCACGCUUAACUCGCUGCUCAUUGGUUUCUGUCACGGGAAUAGAAUUUCGGAUGCUGUAUCUCUGCUUGAUCGAAUGGUGAAAAUGGGAUAUCAACCUGAUACCGUCACAUUCAACACUCUGAUCCAUGGCCUGUUUCUCCACAACAGAGUCUCAGAGGCAGUGUCUUUAGUUGAACGGAUGGUGUUGAAAGGAUGUCAACCAGAUCUGAUUACUUACGGUGCGGUAAUAAACGGAGUAUGUAAGAGAGGUCAUACUGAUUUGGCUUUGAAUCUGCUCAAGAAGAUGGAAUCGGACAAAAUAGAGCCGAAUGUUGUAAUCUACAGCACAAUUAUUGAUGGUCUCUGCAAACACAAACAUGUGGAUGACGCAGUCGACCUAUUCAGUGAAAUGGAGAAGAAAGGGAUUAAAGCAAAUGUUGUCACCUACAACUCCCUCAUAAGUUGCCUUUGUACUUACGGAAGAUGGAGCGAUGCCUCUCGACUACUAAGCGAUAUGAUCGAGAGGAACAUCAACCCCGAUGUAGUCACGUUCAAUGCAUUGAUCGAUGCGUUUGUGAAAGAGAGGAAGCUUUUGGAGGCCGAAAAACUGUACAAGGAAAUGAUCAAUAGGUCUAUAGAUCCUGACAUUUUCACAUACAAUUCAUUGGUCAAUGGGUUUUGCAUGCAGAGUCGCCUAGAGGAGGCCAAGCAGAUGUUUGAUUCGAUGGUUAGCAAGGGUUGUCUCCCAGAUGUAGUGACAUAUGGUACUCUCAUCAAUGGAUUUUGCAUGCAGAGUCGCCUAGAUGAGGCCAAGCAGAUGUUUGAUUUGAUGGUUAGCAAGGGUUGUCUCCCAGAUGUAGUGAUGUAUAAUACUCUCAUCAAUGGAUUUUGCAAGUCUAAGAGGGUAGAGGAUGGCAUGGAACUCUUCCGUGAGAUGUCUCAAAGAGGAUUGAUUGGCGACACAGUCACUUACAACACCCUAAUCCAAGGCUUUUACGAAGCUGGAGAUUGUGAGAAUGCCCAACAAGUUUUCAAAGAGAUGGUUUCUGCUGGUGUGCCUCGUGAUAUUAUGACUUACAACAUGUUGUUACAUGGACUUUGUUACAACGGGAAGCUCGAGAAAGCAUUGGUCGUAUUUCAAGAUAUGCAAAAGAGUGAAAUGGAACUCAGUAUUGUCACAUAUAACAUUAUGAUUGAAGGGAUGUGCAAGGCUGGUAAAGUAGAAGAUGCUUGGGAUUUAUUCAAUAGUCUCUGCCUCAAAGGAGUGGUGAAGCCUGAUGUUGUAACCUACAACGCAAUGAUCUCAGGGCUUUGUGGGAAAGGCUUAAAGCAGGAAGCGGAUGCCUUGUUUAGAGAAAUGAAAGAAGAUGGGCCUCCCCCAAAUAGCGGUACCUAUAAUACGCUGAUCAGGACACGCCUUAAGGAUUGUGACAAAGACGCAUCAGCAGAACUCAUCAAGGAAAUGAGGAGUUGUGGGUUCUCAGGAGAUGUUUCGACAAUAAGUUUGGUCGGGAAUAUGUUGCAUGAUGGGAGGUUGGACAAAAGCUUUCUGGACAUGCUUUCUUAA